AUGAAAGAUGUGGACACCGCCAGGGUGCUCUCGGAGCUGGUGAAUGCCCUGCAGCGAGUGACCGCACAGCCCGCGUGGAACACGGUGCAAGAGCCAAAGGCGAUCACGUUCAGACUGGAGGAUUUAUUCAGCACUCCCAAUUCGGUUUUGGCUUCCGCGGCGACGGAGGGUGACUCUCCAGAGCACGGUGGAAAUGCAUCGGAGAUGAAUAGUCCGGAUAUGGCCGCUGCCUCUUUUGUCAAUUCAGGCGUUGGUGACGGCCUCGGUGAAACAGCAACACCUUUGGCGCCAUUGCGGGAAAUGUCGGACCACUUUAGCAGCAAUAAGAAAUAUGCCGAGGAGGGAUUACAAGACGUGUUUACAAUGUUGCAAAGGCUUAUUGACGGCACUUACUCUACGGCAGGAUGUGCCGCUCUUGCAUGUAUGGGGCAGGAGAUUGAUAAAAUGAUAACACUUAUGAGGCCCGUUGCGCUUAUAGAUAUGAGAGCGGCUGUAUACAUGAAUUCCCUAUGCAGCAACAUUGCCGCUGCGAAAGAGUCGAGAAUGCAGUUAAAUGCACCCUUGGUGUGGGACUUUGUCACGAAUACGGUCCAAACGUAUAUAACUGACCAUCCUGUACUUUACACAGCACUUGUGGCAAUAUCAAAUCUCUCGUACCUGAAAGAUUUGAAACUCACACGCGAAGACUGUGGGGUGCUUAGUCGACUUAUAUAUCCCGUCUACACGGAAGUUCAUAUUGUCGAGGUAUGGGCCGCGAUGAUCUGUAAUCUUACAGCACACCACCCCGAGACAGUGCAGGUGUUUCUGGAACUUGGUGUGGUGGAAGUUCUAGAGCGUCUCGUGCUUUACUUUGGCGAGGAGGGCAGAACCGUUAUUCGCUGUUUGCAGUGCCUUUCCAAUCUUUCUAUGGGCUUCAUAACAGGGCAUUCCCCUGCCUUGGCGGAGUGA